ACGCAUUUGGGACGGAGCCCAUUUCCUGUAGCCGUUCACUCCUAUCCUCCAGUACCGCUAUGGUGUUUGGAUGGCCUGCUUGUUUGUUAUACGUUGCUGUCUGCAGGUUCACAAUGCCUCUGGGGUUUCACCUUAGACUGGCUCUGCUUUACUUCACUUUGCUUGCUCUUGCUGAGGGGCAACAUUUGCCAGCAACGCCACCAACAGACAGUAGCAUGGAACCCGUCAAUGAAGACAAGACUGCGAAUGAAGAUUCAAAAAAUAUGGAUAAUCUUCCUAAUGUUUACCGCUACCACUUUUCUGAGAGAACUGCUUUCAAAAAUUUGUCUGCAAGUAUCACUGCUGAUUCUGUUCAGAGCGAAAGGCCCUUAAGUAGACCCAUUACCUCCCCCACCUCCUCAAAACAUGUGUUGAAAUUUGUCUAUCCUUAUCCACUCUCAGGUGGUACAACCUCUUCAAGAAGUGCAAAAUGGAUACUGAGCAACAGCAGUUACACGGCGCAAAGAUUUGGCCCAGUUGAAGGUGGUCAUAGUGUGGGUCCAAACUAUUCAAACCAGGACCAAAACAAGGGUCAUCUAACUGGUUUGAAUCCCCUGCCUGGCAACCAGACUAAUGGGGGCAGUCAGCAUAGUGGAAGGGUGUUGGCUAAAAGUACCAUACAAGUAAAUGAAAGAGGUUCUAUUGUAAGAGGUAUUUGGCAUCGGAUCAAGCUGCCAGAAAGUGUGUCAUCGCCACUGGUUAAAACGCAGCCAAUCGCCAUCAAUCGUUAUCCUGAUGGGCAUUUGGAGGUUCCAACACCAUUACUUCAAAACACUUGGAGGCCAUAUUCAAAAAUUAUAUCAAAUGUUCAGGCCACCAGUGGAACCCAUUCAGUAGAGCAAGUACAAACUGAUGCGGGCACCACACAUCAAGACCAAGCCACUAAUUCUAAACCUGUAACCCUUGUAAGGGUUAAGCCCGGGCAUGCAUCGGAGGUACAUCGUCUAUUUGGGAACACAAACAAAAAUAUCCACAAUCAGGAUACAAAAGGUCAGGAUCAGUUUCAGGACGUACGCAGGACAAGCAAAUCCGAUCCUAUUGUCACACGCUUGCCCACCUCAAGCUCUGCCACUAGCAGAGCAGUAUUUUAUCAUCCGCAUCUCAAAUCAACUGAUAGCAGUGUUGUCCAAUCCCACACGAAUUUGGAAUUGAGCCAGAGUAAGCCUAAUAGUGCAAGUGCAGCAAGCCAAACAGUGGGUAGUACAGUCAGUACCUCUUCAGCUUCCCAACCAGCUUGGAGGUACCUGAAUGGGCCAAAAAUGGAUGGUGAUGAUGCAAAGUUCCUUGGCCGCAGUCCAGUGACUGUCAGUUCUUCAAAGCACAUGAAUCAGCCAAAUGUAGAAAAACUAGAUGUCCUAGAGAAUGCUCAAAAAACAGGAACAGUACAGUGGCUGGUCGUUAAGCCCAACCCUGCAUCCAACAGCGCACGGGCAGCUGUCUAUGACAGCAUCCAUCUUUCACCUAGAACACAAAGUAGCUCCCUAAGUAAACAAAAUAAAGCAGAUGUCACAGGUUCACCAAAUUCCCGUGCAGACAGAGAGUUUAAAUUUUCCUCUCAACUCUUCUCAGCAGGCUCUAUAGAUCGUAGCGUUCAAUCUCAUGAAGUAAACCCUUUCCAGUUAGCCCCAACCAGUAGAUCUCAGAGGUUCCCGACAUUUGACAAUUAUCAGACUGGCUAUCAGACUUCCCAUUCUCCCAGUUCUUUCAAUUUCAAGGAUACGAGAGACUCCUUGGGUUGGAAACCACGAGCACUGCCACCAUCUCAUUCAGUAGGAGGCCCCUCUGAUAAACAGCUGUACCCUCCAACUGAUCAUAGCCAGUACAAGAUGAAAGUCCAAGCAAAUUUACACUUAAAGAAAAGUUUUGAAAAUCCUAGUCAGACAAAUUUAAGUAUUUUCUUUCGGCCAAAUACAUUGCAUGACCUGCGUAUCAAGGAACAUAGCGAAACAAGCACAAAGCAACCAGUUACCUCUAGUAGAUUCCAGCAAAAUACUGAAGUUUCUUCCAUUAGUGGAUCAGCUGUGCUUGCAAAUGGUUCUGACCAAAGUAUCGAGAAUUACCUGUCCAGAAACUCUAGCGAGAUUUCCAAAUUGACUGCCAUUGAUGCUGGAAAAAUAUCUAGCUUGCCUAUUAGUGCAGUAAAUUCCUCAUCACCUGAAAAUGGUACAGGAGAUGUCCAGACUUCAACUGGCAAUAUCUACUCUGUUAAUGAAUCUACAGGACAAAACGAGACACCUUCUUCCAGUUCUAGACCACAAACGGCCACUGAAGACAAGAACGUGUCUGUUUCAGAGUCCAUCUCAGCAAAUGUUGAGUCCAUCACACCUCAAAAUGGGAUUAGACACAUUCAAGCUAAGAUGAUGUCUGGUCUACCAUUUCCAAAGGAGGCUCUUCCGAUAAAUCCAGCAGAGAAACAUCAACAAGAGGAUGAAGAUCAAACUAAAGCAGUCCAACAGUUGAGCAGACUUAUGAAUGCUACACAGAGUUCUCGGCCAACUAGUAGAGUGGUUGUGGUUGCUAAACAUGUUAAAGUCAAUCAUAAGUCCCCAAACACCUAUGAGAAAUCCCAGCUACCUAUAUACAGGUCUGCUAUUAUUCGCAAAAAGUCUACGAACAGACUGUUGGCUAAUGUGUCAAAAGAUGAGACAAGACCUGAAAACUAUGGGACAGUGAAUGUAAGUGCUGAGUUAGAAGUCCAAACUGAAAGUUCACCAGCAGAAACCAAAAUGGAUCCCAGCUAUUCGGACCUAAAGAGUACCAACAUCUCAACAAACAACAACCCUGUCCAAAGUACAGAUUCCCAACAAAGCCUCAAUUCCACUCAGAGUAAAUUUAAACAAAUAAAACCACUAUCAAUUAAAUAUUUAGAUGUUGCAAGCAGUGCCUCUAUUAGUAUUCAUUCUGGACCAAUGAUAAAUGGAACAGAGCACCACAGCAAUUCUAGUACUCUUCCCACAUCAACAUUGGUACCAACUACAACCGAACCAAUCUCUGCUACUGUGAUAAAUGAUGUUACUGAAGCCACUCAUCUUAUAGAAGAUGGAAUUGAACCUACAACUUCUGUUCUUCAUUCCUUCCCCUAAAGGACACUGAGUUCAAAAGACAAAGCUAGACUAUCUUGGAGGAUCAUCUUGUUUUGCCAUCAAGAAUGAACACAACCAUUAUAGUUAUUGAGAGUUUAUGUGAGAGAUGGUAGAUAUGUGCUCACCUUGGUCAUUUUCAAUGUCUGAAGUGUCUGUACUGGUCCAAUAAUAAUUAGGUUGAAAUCAGAGCUGGUUAAAUCUUGAUGUAGUGGAACUGCAAGAAGAAGCUUGACGGGAAUGUCCAUUGUUUGUGAACUGGAGCACAUGUUCUCUAGGGACACCUAGAGUUGUUGUAUGAUAUUGUACUGAGCCAGAAUUAAAAGUGACCAACAAAUUGCGUAUUUAUUCUCUUUUGUAAC